AUGUGGCCGUUACCAAACGCGCCGUCCUUGGCGCUCACGACGCUCCUCGUUUUACCACAGGCUGUAUCUGCCUUUUACCUGCCUGGUGUCGCCCCGACUUCUUACAAACUCAAAGACAAUGUACCUCUGUACGUCAACAGCGUCAAGCCGACGGCCUCGAACGAAGAUGCGCUCGUCCACUCGGUCAUGGCAUAUGACUACUACCACGAGAGAUUCAACUUUUGCAAACCUCCCGGACCAGAUGGCCCAAAAUACGUGUCAGAGAGCUUGGGAAGCAUUCUGUUUGGCGAUCGAAUCAUGACCUCGCCCUUUGAAUUGCACAUGGGACAGAAUGAGAUUUGCAAGAAGCUCUGCACAACAGCAUAUGACAAAUCGUCGGCUCAUUUCGUCAACAAGCGCAUCGUGCAGGGCUAUGCCAUGAACUGGCUCGUGGAUGGACUUCCCGCAGGCCAGGAGCUCUUUGAAGAGGUUUCUCAGUCGACAUACUAUAGCUCUGGUUUUCGGCUCGGUGCCGUUGAGAAUGGCGCCCAAGGCACUCAGCCCGUCUUUCACAACCACUACGACAUCAACGUUCAAUACCACGAAGUUGGCAAUGAUCCCAACCAGCUUAGGGUGGUGGGUGUGAUUGUCGAGCCAUUAUCGAGGCACUACACCGAGGGUAGCGAGUGCUCGGACGAUCCCAACAUCAAGUACAGCCCCAUGGUGCUCUCCGAGGACAGCAACACCGAGGUGCAAUUCACCUAUAGCGUGUACUGGACCAAGUCGCCUACCGCCUGGGCUACGCGAUGGGACAAGUACCUGCACGUCUAUGAUCCCAAGAUCCACUGGUUCUCUCUUGUCAACUCUGCCGUUGUCGUGAUUAUUCUCGUCUUGACUGUGAGCUCUGUUCUCUUCCGGGCCCUGAAAAAGGACAUUGCCAGGUACAAUCGCCUCGAUCAAAUCAACCUCGACGACUUGUCUGGCACUUCUGCGCUCGAGGAUGGUGUACAGGAGGAUUCCGGAUGGAAGCUGGUGCAUGGUGACGUUUUCCGGACACCCUCGCAUCCUUUGCUAUUGUCCGUUUUCCUCGGCAACGGUGCCCAGCUAUUCGUCAUGACUGGUUUCACCAUUUGCUUUGCUCUUUUAGGUUUCUUGUCGCCAUCCAACAGAGGAUCCCUCGGAACCAUCACGGUCUUGUUGUACACUCUGCUCAGCUUUGUGGGUGGCUACAUAUCUGCCCGGUCGUACAAGUCCAUGAAUGGCGACAAGUGGAAGCUCAACAUUGGUCUGACUCCUCUGCUGGUUCCUGGCAUCGUAUUUGGAACCUUUUUCUUCCUCAAUCUGUUCCUAUGGGCCAACCAAUCUGCCGGAGCGGUUCCCUUUUCAACCAUGUUGGUGAUUAUUGGCAUUUGGUUCGUCAUAUCCAUUCCGCUGUCGUUUGCAGGUUCCUGGUUUGGCUUCCGCGCCAGUCCCGUCGAGCCUCCUGUUCGCACCAACCAGAUUCCCCGCCAGAUUCCGCCCACGACAACCUACCUAAGGCCUAUUCCCAGCAUGCUUCUCGUGGGUAUUUUGCCUUUUGGAGCCAUCUUUGUGGAGCUCUACUUUGUCAUGACAUCCAUCUGGUUCAGCAGGAUCUACUACAUGUUUGGUUUCCUCUUCCUCUGCUAUGGCUUGAUGAUCAUCACUUGUGCCGCCGUCACGGUCCUCAUGGUGUACUUUUUGCUGUGCUCUGAAAACUACCAUUGGCAGUGGCGCUCGUUCUUGGCCGCUGGUACAAGUGCCGUCUACAUUUUCAUCAAUGCCUUGAUUUACCUCAUUAGCAAGCUCUCGCUUGGUGGUUUCGCGGGUAUUGUACUAUACAUAGGAUAUAGUGCACUCUUGUCAUUCCUUUUUUUUGUUCUGACCGGAUCCAUUGGUUUCUUUGCCAGCUGGUGGUUUGUUCAAAAGAUUUACUCGUCCAUCAAGAUUGAUUAA